AUGUCUAUGCGCUUCUCCUCAGUGUCCAAGCGGCUGGACUCCCCCGGGCGGCUCUCGGGCGGGGCCGCAGGCUUCACAGCUGGGAACGCCUGUGGAGUCCCAGGCAUUGGAAGCGGCAUCUCUUGUGCAUUCGGGGGCAGCCCGUCAGCAGGAGGCUAUACGCUGGGCGCAGGAAGUGACCCUUGCGCUGCCUUCGCUGGGACUGAGCAUGGCCUCCUGUCUGGCAAUGAGAAGGUGACCAUGCAGAACCUCAACGACCGCCUGGCCUCCUACCUGGACAACGUGCGCGCCCUGGAGGAGGCCAACGCCGACCUGGAGCAGAAGAUCAAGGGCUGGUACGAGAAAUUUGGGCCUGGCUCUUGCCGGGGCCUGGACCACGACUACAGCAGAUACUUUCCCAUCAUUGAUGACCUCAGAAACCAGAUAAUCUCCGCCACCGUGAGUAACGCCAAUGUGGUGCUGCAAAAUGACAACGCGAGGCUGACCGCUGACGACUUCAGGCUGAAGUAUGAGAACGAGCUGGCCCUCCACCAGAGCGUGGACGCCGACAUCAACGGGCUGCGGCGAGUCCUGGACGAGCUGACCCUGUGCAGAGCCGACCUGGAGAUCCAGCUGGAGGCCCUCACUGAGGAGCUGGCCCACCUCAAGAAGAACCACGAGGGGGAAAUGAAGGCUCUGCAGUGCGCGGCGGGGGGCAACGUGAACGUGGAGAUGAACGCGGCCCCCGGUGUGGACCUCACAGUGCUGUUGAACAACAUGCGGACCGAGUACGAGGCGCUGGCGGAGCAGAACCGCAGGGACGCCGAGGCCUGGUUCAAUGAGAAGAGUGCCUCACUGCAGCAGCAGAUUUCUGAAGACACCGGAGCCACCACCUCAGCCAAGAACGAACUCACGGAGAAGAAGCGUGUGGCGCUAGCCCUGGAGAUCGAGCUGCAGUCUAACGUGGCCUUGAAACACUCCCUGGAGUGCUCGCUGAGCGAGACCGAGGGCAACUACUGCUCGCAGCUGGCCCAGCUCCAGGCGCAGGUCGGGGCCCUGGAGGAGCAGCUGCACCAGGUGCGGACGGAGACCGAAGGCCAGAAGCUGGAGUACGGGCAGCUGCUGGACCUCAAGGUGCACCUGGAGAAGGAGAUCGAGACCUACUGCCGCCUCAUCGACGGAGACGACGGAUCUUGUUUCAGAUCAAAGGGCCAGGGAGGACCAGGAUAUCAGAUAAGAGAUGCGCCGAAACCCAUCAUUGUUAAAACAGUUGUGGAAGAAACAGAUUGUCGCAGCCAAGUUUUCCCAUCCAGAAUUCAGACCAUCGAAGAGAAACCCAGCAAAAUCAACAAGAAUGAACAGAGGGUAUCCCCACCAAGAAAGGACAGCUCCCUAAAUUAA